AUGUUGUUCGCACCCAGUGAAGUAAUCAUAUUGGGUCUUGUCGGAAGCCCUUCAGGGUUAAUAUCAGGAUCAAUGAGAGAUGAUGUUGGGACGGACGUACCAGUAGAUCUUGACUUUGCCGAACUUGAAGGCGGGCACACGACGGAUGCACCACCGCCUGCGACCAUUGUUCAGACACGACCGGUGGGGCUGAGGAUGGCCAUGGGUGUGCCACGGUCAACGUUUACCUUUGAGCCAGUUGCCAUUGGUUGCAGCCGGAGCGGUCUCGUAGACGGGGAAGAAAGGCAGCGCCAAUUGAUGAUCAACGCUCAGCUGACAAAGCUAAACAUGAACCUGGGACCGGAUAUCUAUGCAUCUGACAAAGCUAAACACGAACCUGGGACCCAGUCCGGUCCCAGAUAUCCGGUCCCAGUUUGUGAUCGAUCCAAUCCAGGCUUCACGUGCGCACCCUCUUUACUUAAGUUUGCAGGUUGGGGCGAUCAGCCUCAAUUGCAGGGCGAUUAUCAGCCUGAGCAACAUACGACUGAACAACCCCCUCCCGAUUCUCAUCCAUUCAAUUUCUCUAACUACGAUGACUAUCAACACGACUAUCAUACGGCACCAGCAGGUCCUUCCAGCGAGGCCGCAAACUAUCCUGAUCAAUCAUCAUUACGGGGCUUGCAGCAAUGCCAGGAUGAUGACUACCCUGCCAUACUGGGUGGCUAUCAGUCACACCAUCGAUUGCAUCAGCACCCUAAUCAGGACAAGCUGGCCGCCGCCGCCAUCAUGAAUUCAAUCCACUAUCCUUUGCCUUCUGUACACCCGCUGCACUGGCGGGACCAGCUCUUCCAUCCAAAACCCAAACACUUUUCCGAUCCAACCACAAUAGGCUUUUUAGAUACGUGGCAGCAGCCUCUCCACAUCUCAGCUGCAGGUCUGGUAGUGAGUGACGGGGUGGUAUCCAAUCCGUUUCCCCACAUCCCAGCUGCAGGUCUGGUAGCAAGUGACGCGGUGGCAUUCAACCUGUCUUUUCUUGUCAACUCUGGGCCAACAUCGGCUGCACCCAGCAUACCCACUGUGACCCUCACCCAUCCAUCUAAUCAUACUGAUGAUGUCACUCAACACUUGGUCAUCGCUUCCUCCCACCUCUGCCGCCCCCAGGAAUCCAGGGGGGCAUCUUGUUCGUCACACCCGAGCACCAAACUCGUCAAAACCAAAAGCUCUACAACCACGAGCUCAAGCACGCCAACGACGGAAUUGAGGCUCAUUCCAUUCGGCAUUCCAGGGUUUUUGUGCCAGUGUAAAGAAAUGGUCAAAGUGGAUGCCUUUCGCCAAACGUUACUACCCUCGCCCGAUUCUUUACGUCGAAUGGUGAAGUCUUCGUGGGACGUCUUGACCAAAUCCCAGACUGAUGAAUCGCUUCAACAAUGGGCAUUAAGCAAACUAGAUAAUGGCGAAAAAUAUCGGCUCUUGAAGCUCGAGCCCGUCUUCGUAGAGAUACUCGACGACGUGAAGUUGGUGGUGAGGUCAUUUGUAUACCACAAGUAUGACCUCUGGUUUGACUACAGCGUGUCAUUGAACAUUUCGCAUAUCGCUGAGCACGCGAUACGAGUCCAACGUCUUGUAGAGAAUGACCUGUUUUUGUAUAGCCAAAUAUCUGUCGAGGGAGUCGUCGUCAACGUUGCCUUUGCAAACCCUGUGAUCCUUGUGACAAUGUCAUACUUGUUACAUGACAGUGAACACCAAUAUCACUGGUAUAUCGGGGAUAAUCUCAAUGUCAAGCCGUUUUUCGCAAUAAUGGCUACUUUCUGCCGGUGGGCACUAGAAGAACCCCGCAUGGGGAGACACAUUGCAAGCGUGUUUAUACCUGAAACUAACCAUACUCAUCUCGAACACUAUAUGCGGAUGCUGGAGGCCAUGAGCCCAUCGCAGCUGGCCGCACUUACAGCACUAUUAUUUAGUAACGGUUCUGUGCUCACUGGCCCGAUUUUCUUGCAUUUUACCACGUCGCAUCUUUCCGCGCUAGAGCCUCGAGCCUAUCCUGUCUACCGAGCACAGUUCUCCAUCUUCUCUCGGGAGUCUCUCGACCAUUGGAAAGAUACAAAGAACAAAGACUGGAAGGAACAUGUCUCAAUUAUGGUCAAUCGAUUCCAGAACACAAACGUCACUGAUGUGUACAUUGGCCUGCAAAACCUGGCCUACCGGACACCGGCCAGUGCCAAUGACUCUAGUAAAAAUGAUAUAUCUGCAGGACCUGGACAGGCCAGUGUCUCUACAUACCUGUAG